AUGAAUGGUGUGGAUGACACCACAAGUCAAGUUGCUGUUCUUAAAAUGCAUUCUUCUAUAAGGAGGGACACUAUUAAACUAGUAAAGGAUGAAGAAGGAAAGUACUACUUCUCCCUCCAGUUUGACUCAGUUUACAACUGUGCUAUAACUUUUCAUCUCUGAUCUCAGGAGUUGAAGAACGAUAAAUAAUAUUCCUCUGCAUUUCGUGACAGCUCCAGAUCUACCUUCUCCAAGUCAGUAUAAGUUUGAAGCAGGGAUUGGACAGGACUUUCCACCCAAAUUGUCAAUGUUUAACCCGUCUGAUUACAACCAGGAUAGCUUGACCGAGGCUAAGGAUGACUACUAUCCAAUCGUGGUGAUGAUAGAAACAAAUUACCCAAAAGAUUAUAAAGGAAAGGCCAAGAAUAGUUCUCAAAUAGUGUAUGGAUCCUUCAAGCUAGAGGGCUACGAUUAUUCCUUCCAUUGCAUUAAGACAAAGUUCUUGUUCAAUAAGAGAAUGUUUGACAUCGGAGAGAUCUUUGGUGUAGAAGGAGGAACCUCAAAUAUCGUCAAUGAUAACAAUAAGUUAUGAGUAAUUUGCUUUACAAAUGACAAAGACACAGUCGUGCUUCCAUGAAGGCAUAUGUGCUUGUGUAUGGAGUGAUCCCAAAUAGUCAGGAGACAGUCCAAUAACUGACCUAUCUGUAGAACAAAAGUUUCUACCUUCAUCCAAAUCAAGGAAAAAUCAAAGGAAGAUGAGAGAAACAAAGAGUCUAUUUCUGAUGCUAAAAAGAAGGAAGUAGCUGAAAAAGCAGCUAAUGAUGCUAUGAAAGAUGACAAUGAAGAAGAAAUGAGCAGUGAUGAACCUGAAGAGAACAAGGACUCACAUAGAGCAAAUACUCCUGACCUUGAUGUAUAA